GUUGAUCAGAUGAUCGUAUAUAAUAAGUAUAAAUGCGCGUCAUAAAUAUCAUAAUUUCAUAAAUCACAAUAUACUCUGAUACACGUGUGUAUGCGUAAGCAAGGAUCGUGACAGAAUUAUGAGCGUCCUCCAGGAUCUGCCGACGAAAGACGAAAACUUGACGGCUAUCUUGAACAAGUUGCAAAAUGAACAGGUCGCCGUCGACAAACAGCUGGAGCAGAUACUUGCGCGUCACUGCCACAUCGAGGCCAAGCUCCAGACCAUCGGCAAGGUGUUGCCGAACGUCGCCGUAGUGCGUUCGGAGGCCGAAAAGUUUCAGGACAUGAUCGAGCACACCAACAAACUGGCAGAAAAGGUCAGCGCGAAAGUCAGACAGCUGGAUCUCGCCAGAAGCCGGGUAUGCGAGUGCCAGAGCCGCGUCAACGACAUCCUCGAUCUGCAGUUGUGCAGCGAAGGUGUUGCUACAGCUCUUCGAAACGAGGAUUACGAGCAAGGUGCGGCUCACGUGCACCGUUUUCUUCUGAUGGACCAGCAAUUGUUGGAAAAAACCGCUGACGAUGUUUCCGGGGAUCACACGAGUGUGACCAGUUCCCUGGCUACUUUGCAACAAGCCGCCAAUGAACUCAGAACCGUAGUUACGCAAAAGUUCGACGAGGCAGUCAAAGCUGAGGAUCUUGCUUCCGUGGAGAGGUUUUUCAAAAUUUUUCCGCUGCUGGGGAUGCACAGCGAAGGCCUCGUCAGGUUUUGCCAGUACUUGUGUUCAAAGCUUCGAAAAACAGCACAAACGAAUUUGAAAGCAGCGCUCAACGUACAGAGCAACGAGAAGAGAGCGGGUGUAAUAUUUGCCGACACUAUAACUUUGCUUUUUGAAGGAAUCGCAAGGAUCAUUGAAAUUCAUCAGCCUAUCAUAGAAACUUAUUACAGGCCCGGGAAAUUGGUUACGUGCAUUGAAAUUUUGCAGAAAGAAUGUGACAAGCAAAUGAAAAAAAUUGUUUCCGAGUUCAUGAUACACAGAGCGAUUCCAAGAAAAACCCAGUUAAUUAACGAUUUUUCGAGAAAACAGGGAGGCGAAAAGAUCGAGCCUAAAGAUUUAGAUCUUCUUUUGAGUGAAGUAACGCUGAUGCAUUCCAGAGCUGAACUGUACAUAAAAUUUUUAAGGAGACGAGUGGUGAAUGAUCUAGAAAUCAGUACAACCGAUGUUCAGCAAAGAGAAGACUCACUAAACGAUUUUAACUCUAUGAUGAAAAAUGCCGAAUUAGCACGCUGUAUGCAAGAACUACUUGGGGUAUAUUUGGCUUUGGAGAGGUAUUUUAUGGAAGAAAGUGUCCAUAAGGCUAUUGGCAUGGAUUCUUUGGAUCAAGAUCAGCAAACAUCGAGUAUGGUUGAUGAUGCAUUUUUCAUUGUUAAAAAGUGUAUCAAGCGAUCCAUCUCAACUGGAAGCAUCGAUGGCAUGUGCGCCGUUAUAAAUAUGGCUUGUGGAUUACUCGAGGGAGAAUUUGCCAACCAACUAAAAAGCCGACUCAGGCAAGGGUAUCCUGUUGGAUACUUGGACUUGGCUCAAGCAUACAAUGCUUUGCAGACUAGCAUUCAACACGGUCGUAUUCAGACAUCCGACACGGAACUCGCACGGCUCAUGUUUUUGGCUUACUUGAACAACACAGAAGUGAGCACAGAAUAUGUAGAAACAUUGAGUAAAAGCCUUAGUGGGGAUAUAAACCAAGCUUUUCCAAAUUUGCAAGGAAAAGAGAAAGAAAAGAUCGAAAGCUGCUUAGCGGGAAUGAAAAAUGUGACGUUUACUCUGAGAACGGUUUUAGAUUAUGGAAUGGAGCAGUUACGAAUCGGUGCCGUGAGACCGAGGGUGACUCCUUGGGUGGAUACCUUUUUAACUGUUAAUCAUCAAAUCACUGAUGACGAAUUAUUGAGAUACGAUACCGAUGAGCCUUUCGUUCAAACUUUAGUAAAGAAUUUAGAUGGCCUCUUGCAAGCCUUUAAAAACCACUUGACUCAAUCAAAUUACAACGCACUUAUAAGUAUUCUCACGGUGGAGCUGACUGCGCGUUUGGAAAAAGCAGUCUUUAAAUCAAGUUUUACUAAGGCUGGUGGUCUUAUAUUUGAUAAAGAAGUGCGGUCAUUGGCCGCUUACUUGUCCACCGCAACUUCCUGGUCGGUGCGAGAUAAAUUUGUCAGGCUCACACAAAUCGCUACGGUUUUAAGUAUCGAAAAAACCGAAGAGCUGGCCGAUUAUUGCGGAGCAGAUGCAAUCGCUUGGAGAUUGACUUCGGCUGAAGUUAAAAAAAUCUUAGCUUUGAGAUCAGAUCUUAAACUGUAAAAUGUAAAAAAAGUUGAACACAUAACGUUGAAAUUUGUAAAUAAAAAGUUGUAAAUAU